GCCAGUGUGGUGUCCGAUGCCCCAGGCUGUCUCCCUCUUCCGUUUGCGCUUUGAGUUUGUUUUCAUUCCGAAUCGCAGUCGAAUCGAGAUGUCUCACCGCAAGUUCGAGGCUCCCCGCCAUGGCUCUAUGGGCUUCAAGCCCCGCAAGCGCUCUUCCCGCCACCGCGGUAAGUGCAAGGCCUUCCCCAAGGACGACAAGACCAAGCCCUGCCACCUGACCGCUUUCCUCGGUUUCAAGGCCGGCAUGACCCACGUCGUCCGUGACCUCGACCGCCCGGGCUCCAAGAUGCACAAGCGCGAGGUCGUCGAGGCCGUCACCAUCAUCGAGACUCCCCCCAUGGUUGUCGUCGGUGUUGUCGGCUACAUCGAGACCCCCCGUGGUCUGCGCGCCCUGACCACCGUCUGGGCCGAGCACCUGUCCGACCAGGUCAAGCGCCGCUUCUACAAGAACUGGUACAGCUCCAAGAAGAAGGCUUUCACCAAGUACUCCGCCAAGUACCAGAAGGGCAAGAAGGCCAUCGACCGUGACGUCAGCCGCAUCCGCAAGUACGCCACCAUCGUCCGUGUCCUCGCCCACACCCAGAUGGAUCUGCUCAAGCUCGGCCAGAAGAAGGCCCACCUGAUGGAGAUCCAGGUCAACGGUGGCUCCACCGACGACAAGGUCAACUUCGCCCUGCAGUCCUUCGAGAAGUCCAUCAGCGUCGACCAGGUCUUCGCUCAGGAUGAGAUGAUCGACGUCAUCGGUGUCACCAAGGGUAAGGGUACCCAGGGUGUCGUCAAGCGCUGGGGUGUUGAGCGCCUGCCGCGCAAGACUCACCGUGGUCUGCGCAAGGUCGCUUGUGUUGGUGCCUGGCACCCGGCCCGCCUCGAGCACACCGUCGCUCGUGCCGGUCAGCUCGGUUACUACCACCGCACUGAGAUGAACAAGAAGAUCUACCGCGUCGGCAAGGGCAUCCACACCGUCGAUGGCAAGACCGUCUUCAACAACGCCGGUACCGAGUACGAUCUCACCGAGAAGUCCAUCACCCCCAUGGGUGGCUUCCCCCACUACGGUGUCGUCAACCAGGACUUCCUCAUGAUCAAGGGCUGCUGCGUCGGUGUCAAGAAGCGCGUGCUCACCCUGCGCAAGUCUCUUAUCACCCACACCAAGCGCUCUGCUCUGGAGAAGGUCACCCUCAAGUUCAUCGAUACCUCUUCGAAGUUCGGUCACGGCCGUUUCCAGACCCUCGAGGAGAAGCAGUCCUUCAUGGGCAAGCUCAAGAAGGACUUCUAAGCGAGUGGUGGCUGCUGUCGCGGCCGGCAUGGAGGCGCGCUCUCCUUUGUUGCUCUCCCCCGCCGGCCGGUGGCCCUCGUCGCUGCUGGUGCUGCUCCUCCUCCUCCUCCUCCUCCCCCUGCUCCUCUCGUCCGGUGACGAUGGGGGCGGAGGCGGCGGCGGCGGCGGCGGCUUGCUCGAUGGUGUCACCGCCGGCGUGAUGGAAGCGCGUGGUGCUGUUUCGCUGCCCCUCCGUCCGUGGCUGUUGCUCUCUUGGUCGCCGUCCUUCGCCCGCCCUUUUUUGGCGGUGGCGGCCAUCUGGCGCCGGUCACCACCCCCUCCUCCCUCCCCCGUCUCUGUGCAGGGGCGCGGCCGGGGUGUGCGGGGCGGCAGGGCCUGGCUCUGUGGCACUCUCUGUGUGCAUGUCCCCGCAUGUGCGCGCAGCGGGGUGUCGCUGUUGUCCUCCCUUCCUCCCUCUGGUGGUCGGUUGUCUUUCCUCCUCCUCCUUCUGUCGGGCUCCGAUGAUGAUGAUGUCGUCCACGCUAGAACAAUAAACCCUUUAUUUUCUCACGAAUCUCCUCUCCCUCUUGCGCCGGGGGGGACUCUCUCCGGCCCGUGUGUAUGUGUGUCCCUACUCCAGUCCGCGCUUGUCCGCGUCUGUCCUCUCCCUCCCCUCCCGGCCCGUGCCGGGGCCAUGGCUGGGCUCCCUGGUGGCAGGUCGGGCGGGGAGGGGAGCAGUCUCCUCAGUCCUGGAACGGUGACCUGUGGUGUGUGUGUGUGUGUGGGCCAUGGAGCCGGGCAGGGGUUCCUGUGUUUGCGCUGCGGUGCGCGGAGGUUGGGGAUAGGCCCGACCGUGGAGAUUUGCACCUUCGCCAGGGGGACAGCGAGCAGCCCAUGCUUGCGAGGGGCGCUUUUCCAUCUUGCGGGGGGAGGGGGCGGGGUGGACCAUGUUUCCUCCUCCGGGGCUGGGCCCCUGGAGCUCUUUGCCUCGUUCUCUCGGUGCAGCGCCCUGG